AUGACAGAGCCCACAGCGCAGACACACAGUCCCCACAUCUUGACCGUCUUCCGAACUACCAAUGCGUCCGUGAAUCUUGCCUUCGAGAUCACCGACGCAACAGGAAAAGUGAUCACGGACCAAUCUGCCGGAGUCACUCUGCAGCAAGUGGCUCGACGCCUGGGAGAGGUGACGGAGGGUGUCGAGAAUCUCUGGGAGAAGGGCCUCCCUGCUGGGCAUGUCGAGGAGAUUUUCAAUUCAACCAGGAACAAGCAGGAGGCUGCAAAAAGCUUGCUCGCAGGAGGAGGCGCCACCACGUCAGCUGAGUGGUCGCAGGAGAAGCCACUCUGGGGGUUACUCUGGAGGAUACAGCUCACCCCGCCGGAGGGCUCCAUCGCCAUCGACUGUCAGCUCCCCGCGACGUCGUGCAUCGUAUUCCCCGGGACCGUCUCCUACACCUUCGCCUCCUAUGAUCAUGGUAUCAUGUUCAGCUGUCCGUCCACGGAGCUGGACGGUGUGCUUGGUGCCCGUGGGCAUUUCGUAUUGUGCAAGUAUUCUGGUGACAUGCUGCGGAGGAAUGCUCCUCCCGGGCUGCCGUUCCAGUUUUCAGCAAUCGGCCGAUAUGACACGCAGACAGCUCAGCAGUUGUUUGGGCUUCUGUGGAAGCAAGAUGAGGCUAAGAAUUCGGACAUCAGUGUGCUACACAGAGCCGAUGAGCCAAAGGCGGCGCACAGCAGGCUACGACAACAAGAGCUUUGCAUUACUCCAACCCCUCGAACCCUGCAGCUGGCAGCUAUGGCUAUGCAAGUCAGUCGUUUCUGGGUUAGCCUAAUGCUUCUUGUCUGCUCGCUUGACAGACAAGCCUGCAACGUCUCAGCGGCCAGAGUGCGGCUGCCAGUAACUUCGGCGGCCGGCUGCCUACCAGCACACCGCGCCCUGGAAGUAGAAGCCAGCAAGCCUGGGAAGGAAUUCCGGUUCUCGACGGGUUCCAGUAUGGCUACACUGGUGCAAACGCUUAUUCUGGUCGAACCGGGAGCGGAAGCGGCAUGCAGAUUGCCCUUGCUGCUGGAGGAUAUGUACGUAGGUCUUGAUGGGGUGAAGUGCAAGCGACAGGUGGCCUUCUGGCUGGCUGAACAUGCCAUGCUCCUCUGGAUCGUGGUCCGGUCUGUGCAGCACAUGCAGCUCGCAGCUUUCUCGGCAGGCGUGUCUCUCUAUGGAGCCGACAAGUGUGACAUCAAGAUCUCGCCGAAGAUCGAUGCCACUCGCGACGACCUCGUCAAUACGGGCUUCAUUCCUGCAGACUUCAAGUGGCCCAUACACGUGAAGAUCACAUCGAUCUCCUGCACUGACUUCGAUCCCAGCUCCAUUUGUCCACCGACCACUCCAGGAGUCCAGUGGACGGCGCCUCCAAUGAAGCAGCUGUUCCUGACACUGACUACCAUGGAGGAGCUCUCUGCCCAGGCUGUUGCAUCCGCAAGCAGCUCUGGCUUUUCCGGCAUGUUUUCGGCAUUGAUUGCUGGUCUUGCCGCUUGCUGCUGUUGCUGCUGCUGCGCUGCUGCGGCCUGGCAGAUGUCGAGGAAGCGAACCGACUGGGAGUCCGGGACAUCAUCGGAGUCUGAAUCAGAUGGCUACCCCGCCCCGGGACAGAUGGCCUAUGCCCGCCCGAUGCAGCCGCCGGUGCCAGGACAAGGCCCAAAUCCGUACUGGCAAGGAUCCGCGCCCCAAGGACCGCCGCAACCAGCACCGUACGCUGGCGCCGCAUAUGCGACUGGGGCGCCCUACGUGGCCACCUCCUUCGUACAGGGCAGCCCGCAGGCCUACCCGGCACCUUUCCAGUCUGGCGAGGGGUUUGCUUGGGCGGGCUUCGGCAACGGCGGCUUCAUGGACACUGCCGCCCCCAGCGGUGCCAGUUGGGCCAAUGUCUGCCGACAGCAUCCCGUGAACGUGAAUGGCUCAACCAUGAUGGUCGACGGGGCCUGGGGCGAAUGUUUGGCUUGGGCAGUGGUGUACGAACACCAAAAUCCCGGCUGGGAGUCCGACCCGCGGUUCAAGGACGAAGGUCCUGCCCAACAAGUCAUCAAUGCCAUGCUCGAGACUGCACCGGAAAGCAUGGCCCCUUCGAUUGAGAUGGGAAGCCAGAAUCUUGGCAAGGGCAGUUCCGAAACUGAUCAAGCACCAAACAGAUGUCUGUGCUUCGGGGUUGUUAUCGCCGCAAGGGAGUACUUUUUUCCAUCAGACCUUGCCAUUAUGAUCGCCAUGCCGGUGAUUGGACGGAGCUUAGCCGCCUUAGGCUUGCUUGUCCUUGCUUGCCGGGCGCAGCAGGGCGGUAUAUCUGGCAACUCUGGCGUUUGGUAUUAUAUCAAUGUGAUGGACAUCAUUUGCCCUGGCGGACAAGGCCAUGCAACGCUCUCCGUGACGCAGCCUGCUGUGCUCAGUUCUGACCCGACCAUCUUUACCAUCUUUCGGACAACUAUGAAUCCGGUUACGCUCAGCUUCAUAGCAAGGGACGCUACUGGCCGCACGGUGGUGGACCAAUCCGCGCCCAUCACACUCCAGGCUGUUACUGCCCGGCCCGGCCGACGGCUUGAAGAGGAGGAGGAGGAAGAAACGAAGGAAGUAGCCAUGCGCGGCCUCGACAGCCGCCGCCGCAGCAGCUUCAGCUCCCCCCGGCGGAGGAUGUCUUCCCCUCGGAGGAGGUCUAUGACCGACAGCCGUCGCCGCGCAGUCCUCGACAGCCGUCGACGUACUGCAGAUACUUCUCCGCGCCGACGUACUGCAAUUACUUCUCCGCGCCGCCGCCUCAUGACUGACACGCGAAGAAGAUCUUCAUUCUUCUCCCCGCGCCGCCGCAGAGGUGGCAGCGGCAGUUUCGUUCCCAACAAUCACUACUCCAACCCGUUGAGCCCAAGCAUUGGGAACUACGGCUACACCAACCCAAACUAUGCGUACCACAACUAUGGCGGGCACAUGCCCAUGAGCACAUCCUACGGCUACACGGGUGCUAAUGCUUACAGCUCCGGGAGUGGCAUGAAGAUUGCCUUGGCUGGCGGUGCUGGAAUCUUGGCAGGACUAGCUACCAGCCACCUUCUUCAUCAUUCCGGUGGGUCCAGCUUUGGAGGCUACACCCAUGCCCAGAUGAUGCAGCAGGACUGCACCUACGGCUCAUGGUCAGGCAAUUGCAACUCCUGCGUUUCGCAAUAUGGAGCCAAUCGGUGCGACGUGAGCAUCUCGCCCAACUUCGAUGCGACACGAGACGACCUGAUGAGCACGGGCUUCAUCCCGACGCAGGUCUCCUGGCCCCUGACGGUGACCGUUACAUCUGUCAGCGGAGUGGACUUCCAAAUCCCCAGCGUAUGCCCACUUACGCCGGGCAGCGCCGGCAACCCCUCAGUGGCUCGCCUCUUCCUGACCACCACCUCGCUGGGCCUGGGGUCCUCGGGAGGAGUUCCAGGCCCUGGGUAUAGUCAGCCGACCAACUACGGCUACAACUCUGGGCAGCAGUCGAGCAGCUCGAGUGGCAGUGGCUUCUUUGCCUGGCUCGGCACCGUGUUGGCCCUCUGUUGCUGCUGCGGCUUCUGCGUCUGCUGCAGCUGCGCGAGCGGCAAAAAGCCAUCCAAGUGGGGCUUUUCUGGUGACUCCUCUUCAAGUGAUUCAGAAAGCGAGUCAGUUCAGAUGGUCCACCACGGCGGCCAUAACCCCUAUUGGCAGGGCCAGGCUCCGGCACCGGGCCAGACCAACACGGCCUUUAUGGACACAGCGGCGCCAGGCGGCGCGACCUGGGCCAACUACUGUCGGGGCCCACCGGAGGUGAAUCCGAGCACUGGCUUCGUUGCUGGGCGCUGGGGUGACUGCCUCGCCUGGGCUGUCGUUUACGAGCAUCAGAACCCAGGCUGGCCGCAGAACCCGACGUACCGGGACAUGGGUCCUGCCGGCACGGUCAUUCAAGCCAUGCUGGAGAAUGCAGAGGACAGUGAUUGUGAAGACGUCGAGAGGGCAGCCAAUCAACUGGAGAAUGCUUGUAGGGAGGCCGUUGCCUCUGGUGGGAUGCUUCCAGUGAUCAACUGCCGGGCAUGA